UCGAGAUUUCACGAGUCGACGGGACGAGCGGAGCGAGACGCACGCGCACCCGGCGCGCGGAAAAUGUCUUAAAAUACUUACGCGUUUGUUUUUCUAACAAAUCGAGUGUAGUAUUUUGGUAUAGGGACUAGUUAUCGAACCUACUGAGGUUAAUCAGUGUUAGUGAUAGUGUUAAAUUUAAUAGCGGAUUUCUAAAAUGUGUCGCCAAUGUGUCGCAUAAUGGUCAAAAAUAUAAUUUUGUAAAAAACAUGAGAAGCGAGAAGCGAUGUGAAAAUUUUGUUGUUUAGACUUAUUUUAGUGUCGGGGGUUGUGAAUUAAUUUUGAAUACAGUGUUAUGUGAGAAUUAUGGUUGCCAUGAUUGAGGUAGCGGAACGACCGAAUAACAACUUUUUCAGAUCAUUCCUGCCUGCAGUCAACUCGCCUCCGGUGCCGCACCGAGACAUCUCGGGGGCUUCCACGGCGGCGUACCGCCCCUACAACGGCGACCAUGGAGCCCUACAGAACCAAGUUAUCAGAGCUUCGCAGCCGGCUGACCCAGAACGCAAGAAAGACAAGAAGUGGUCCAUCGGGAAGCUCUUCAGGCGAAAAAAGAAGGAUGAAGAAAGCGGAUCUUCAUCAGAAAGCGAAGAGGGCGGCAGUUUGCGCUCCACGUCUAAGAGGAAAUCUAAUAAAAAGAAGAAAAGGACUCCUGCUGUCAAUAACUUCGACCAUAUAGUUAUAAGAGAAACCAGGCGGGCCCAGAGCUUAGCUAAACCUAACGAUCGUGAUUUCACUGACGAUGGAGUGCUUUCCGACCCAUCCGCUGGCUUCAUAAACUACAGGCCCAAAACUAGAGAAGUUCAAGCGUCAAAGGAGUCGCUGAGCUUAAGGGAUGACGUUUCCACCAGGUCUGGAAGAGUCGGUCCAGAACCUACGAUGAGAAAGACGAGGAAAGGCCGUCUAAAAGCCCGAGUUGAAGCGUUGCGAAACAGCAUGAGAGGGGAAUCGAGCAGCGACGAAGAAUCCUUGAAGUCGUCGAAUUCAUCUUCUAUGGUCCGAUUCAGGAGCGACGACUCAUUGAUGCGUUCACGUGACAGUUCGCUGAAUAAGAGGUCACGAAGCGCUCGAAACGAACGCUACAUUAAAAGACUCUCGAGAGACGAAGAGAACCAGCUCAACAAGGAAGCCGAACUGCUGCAGCAGGGAUACACGAAAGCUGAAGUAGAAAUGCUUACACGAACCCCCACAAGCCAAAGCAGUGGUUACGGCACCUGCAAACGAGAACAAAAUAAUCAAAAUCCUGAACUUGGCAACGAUUUAACCCGACGACCAAUCAAAUCCGAGUCAAUAUCUUCAUUUCCAUCAACUCAAAGUUACCCUUCAUCAAUUAAUUUUAAUGCCAAAAUUAACAACGAACAUAUUAACUAUUCCAUACCGUUUCAAGGUAACUUUGUCAAAGAACCGCUUUACGCUAAUAAUAACAGGGGAAAAUCUGUGCCACGCCCUGAUGAAAAAGCAGAUAAAGUCAUGUACGUUAAAUUUCCUCUAGGAAAUGUUACAAAUAUUAAAAGAGAUGAACGAGCCCCACCAGUGCCACCCCCUCGAGAUAUGCAUAGAAAAGUCGCAACCCCUAUAUCGAUGUACUAUGAAAACCAUUCAGUAGUAUCCGAUAGGAUGGGCAGCAAUCAAAACAUUACGCACGGCGUACCUAACAACGACUUCGAACGAGUAAUGAGACGGAGUCAAGAGAGAACGAUUAAUCAUGGGCCUAAUGGACUACGUCGACCGAUAUCAAACUCUGAAGAUCACCUUGCUAUACAAAACAACGAAUACUUGCAACAUCUGUAUCAGAAAACUGAGCAGCCCAGAAGGCCAGCAUCAGUUUCCGCUGAACCUAAUCACUAUGGAAUUUAUGCUUUUACACCACCAUGGAGAAAUAAAAUCGAGCAACCCAAUGUAGUUAAACCCGAACCAGUCCAAUCCAGGAAUGAUUUCCUCUACUAUGCUGACCACAGUCCUAGAUCUCGUAGACCUAUAAGCAUCAAAACUAGUCAAAACGGCUACGAAAAUCAAUAUCUUAGCGAUUCGCAAACAUCAGUUAAUGUCGCUGAAAGUAUUUAUCGUAGACCGAGAAACGCUUCUGAAUUUUGGAAGAAAUUAGACGAUGCCGAAAGGCAGAAAAAACAACAGAACAUAUAUGCCAACUCUAGAAGCAACAGUGAGCAUGUCAGGAAUACACCUAGAAUACACCAUUAUUCAGAGGGAAGUAAUAGUAUACCGAGUCAUAUAGAGAAUAUUGACAUGCAAAAUAAGAAUAGGGCAACAAGCGUUGAUCAGUCACGAGAUGUUAUAGAUGGUGCCAAAAUGUGGAAAGCAACGACCGAGUAUAAGAGGUCGCUCACCGUUGAACCGCCUAAAGCGGUCACUUCCCCGACCUCUAAAACACACGUUCGUCAUAAAUCUGACACCUUUGUGACUAACAGCUAUCAAAUACCUUCAGACGACGAUAAGAGUUCAGAACGUCGCAAAUCAACGAACCUUGAUGAUGCUCUCAACGAACUUGAGGCAAUUUACAAUAGCUUAGGAUUAGGAGACGAAGACCUGCUUGACAGGGCUGAAAGACGAGAGUCAAUGACUCCGAAAUACACUGAUCACUUCAAUGACUGGAAUGGAAACGAUGACGAGGUCCAGUUGAGAAGUCAACCAUCAACGCCGCUUCGGCGGAUAUCAAGGAGAUCAACACUGCCCGAUAAAUUACAAGACGAUAUGGCAUUCCGUAGAAUGAAUUCAUUCUCUAAAGAAAAACCAAAUUUGAAGGAAGCACAAGCACAGAUCAGUUACAUGCUCGCUUCGCCAGUGUAUGUACCUUAUGCCUCAGACGACGAAAGAUAUUCGGGGCGGGACGAACCAGAUAUUGUCCAUGACGACGUUGUUUACAGAAAUAUAAAACAAACUAACAACCGUUUGAAAACUCUUGAACCACAACCACCUUUUGGGAUUCCUCUGGGACCAGUAUCCCCUGCUCCUCAAAGUGACUAUCUACAUGCGACGCCUGAAAGUAAGGGACGCUCACGAUUUAUUCCUAGGAGAUCACCGGAUCUUGUGUCAGAUGAUUUAGCAUACAGAAGUUUAAGGAAAGAUGCUAGACAUUCAUCGUUGUUUAACGGAGAGGAUUAUGGUCACAUAAAUAACAAUCACAGUUACAACGAGUAUCCUUAUACUAAAGAAUCUGCAGCUAAUCUUAAAAAGAAACGAGCAGUUAGGUCUCUUUCAGCUAACAUUUUUACUAUGAUUCAAAAAGAAAUCGACGACGCGCUUAAUAUGAGCAAUGUGGCAACGUUGCAAAAAACUCAUAGCAACAGUGACGUCAUGAGGCGCUUGCGGGACACUUUCGAAAACAACGACAACGAGCCAGAGCACUAUCCUCGAAAUAAGGUAAAGCAAAGGCAUAAUACUGUUGGUCUCUUCGUCAAUAACUCGCACUCGCCAAAUCAUCAUUUCGCAAAAGACGACUCAUGCAUUCAUAGUGACGAUAAAUACCUCCCCAAACCUGCAUCUUGUGAUAAGUCCAAAAGUUCAUCCCCAUCAAAUCGAUCACCACAAGCUUCUAAGCGGUCGUCUAAAGACGAAUUUCAGCAGGUCCUCACUAUGCUCGCACAAGAAGCAAUGGACACUAGUAAUAAGUUAGGCGUAGCUUUAGCGGAACUAGAUAGAAAUAGGAAUAAUAACACGGAGAAAAGGCUAGAUAUAAAUACCAGAAUAUCAGACAGUAGGUCACAUUUCUUGAAUGGCCUAACCAGUGAUUCUUAUGAUAAUUCUCAACCAGAAAUAAAAUUAGUCAACGUACACUCUGAGGUUGUGAGUGAACCCACUAACAGGCAUGUGAAGUCUGAUACCGAACAAACUAAAGGCCAAAAAACUGAAGACAGCCUUCUUGCAAUAUCAGAUCAGUUAAACAGAGUAGAAGAUCAACUUAAGCACAGCCAUGAGAAAGAGUUGAAUUUUGAUGACGAAAGGCUUUCAAGUUAUAUCGAUAAAACUGAAGAACCAUUAAAGGCCCAAGAAACCACAGUUAUGACUCCAGAGAAGAAGCUGGUACCAGAUGUUUUUCCAUUAACAGUGCAGAAUGACUCUAUUAAAGUUGAAUUAAAGAAUCAGAACGAUUUUGACUAUAAUAAUGAGAGAAAAUUAACUAAACCUAAACUGAAAUCAACCAAUCCCUUUUUGAAUUCAGAUGAAAAAUUACAAGAAAUAAAUGAAAUAAAUGCCUUCAAGGAAUUAAAAGACGGCAUUUCUGAUUUGAUUGCUGGAAUAUCGCAAGUUAAUGACAAGUUAUUUGUUCCUAAAUUACCAAAAGAUGACGAUAGCAAUAAACAUAAAGUAACGGGUAUAACUGAGGCUAGUAAGCAACUGAGCCAAGUGACUCAAGAAGUGCCAAAAUCAGUACCUAAUAGAGCAUCUGUUAAUUUAUCAAUUUACGAAGACGAUUUAGAAGUAAAGAAAGAUGCCGCCGAUUCGGCUGAAUACAAUUCAUCCGAAGAGUUGGCGACAAUUUUCAAUUUAGAUGGGAAUCUAAAACUGCACAGUGUUGAUCAAAAGGAACCUGAGAAAGUGAGAGAUGAGCUAAGCUCACCAAAACUAGUUCAGACUAUGAAUCAGCAACUAGGGCGGUUGUCCGUAGAUCGGAUAGACGAGCCAGCGAGCCAAGACCUGCCAUCUAACGUAGUACCGUGGCGAGCAAAGAGGCAAAACAAUUCACAAAGCGAAUCACGAGGCGACGCGCAGAAGCGCGAUUGGCACGAUGGCACGUUGAUGUUAGCUUGUACCUACACGCUGAUGAUAUCUCAGCACCUGGCCGAGCUGGACUGGCUGACGUUGCUGGGCUUGCUGCUCGCCGUCGUCACUAUCAUCGCUAUGCUAAUUAUUUAAUGUUGGGGGAUAUUGUAAACCUUAUUUUUGAUUAUGACGGGCACAAUGUUUUUUGAAAUUUUUUAUCAAUUCAGCAAGCGAUAGGUACUAUAAAUGUUUAAAUUAAAGGAACAAUUUAAAACUGUACCGCUUCGGGCAAGACAACUUCGCGAUUUUUUGGAACAACGGUCCAAUCGCUUUUACCCUCCAGUAGGUUACCUGCAGCAACCAGCAGUAACUGAGCUACAUAAGCUUACUCAGCGUGCCUUAGCGAGGCGCAUAGCGACAUCGUCCAUCAAAAUCCUUGCCCGAGAUGGUAAAUUGUUCCAUUUUUCCCUUAUCUAAUUUUUUUUACAUGUUAUCCCUAACAGUACCGAAAAACAUUGACAUUGAAUAAUUUAGGAGAUACAUUUGAGGUUUGAAAAAAUCUAAGUUUACUAGCAGUACAGUUCGAGAGAGUGAUGUCAAAGAAAGAGUUGAGGUGUGAAUGUUUUGACAAAACGAUAGACGUGUCUAAACGAUGCAUUUUGGCCCUAAGUACAUCAAUUUAUUUUUUUUGAAAAUUACAAAAAAAUAUUAGCUAUGCAUAUAAAUUAUUUUUCUAGCAAUUAAUUGCUAUUUAAAAGCUAGUAGUAAUACAACAACGCUAGCUAGUUUUAAAACAUUUUUACAAUAUCCCCGUAACAUAUACCUAACAAUUACGAAAUGCUUUAGUUUAAGAUAUAGAGCUGUAAUCAAAAACCAACACAAUAUUUAUGAAUAUGAACAUCACGCAAAUAUUAUAAAAAAUCAUUAGAUGCAUUUAACCAAGCGACGCUUUAAAAUAUAACGCCGAGCAAAACUUUUUUUAAGUGUUUUUAACGACAAAUUAACCAAACAACUGACUUUUCAAUUUGUUCGUGAUAUCAUGAAACAUUUAUUCAUAUUAAUACAGACAUACAUACACAUCCAUUUACAUAUUAUUAUAAUAUAACAAAACAAAUGAUGAUAGUUUAAAACAUAUUUAGAUACUACCUAAAAUUUUAAUGUCAGAAUUUUAAAUUG